CACACUUUCGGCAUUUGACUAAACAGAAUAUUAACCGCAGAUCCGUAUAUAUAUAUCAUCCUCCAGAGAAAAGUUGCACUAAUUUUAGAAACGACAAAUAUGGAUGUGUUGAAUCAGAGCGAUAUGCUAUCUCAUAUUGUUUAUGAAAGCGAGACUUCGGCUGGUGAGAACCUCCUGGAAAACAUUCUUCGCGCACAGGGCGAAAACGAAGAUUCUUUUUAUAUCGUGCGUUUGACCGAAAUUUACGCAAAGCAUGCCAAAUGGUCAAACCUGAUGUCCCGUGUAAGGCCAUAUUAUGGCGUUAAGUAUAAUCCCGAUCCUAUUGUGCUGCGGGUGAUGGCGCAAUUGGACGUGGGUUUCUACUGCGGCAGUCCAAGGGAAAUCCAGUCUGCAUUCAAUAUGGGCGUCGCACCGUCGCGGAUCGUCUACAGUAAUCCCUGCAAACAUCGAUCCUUCAUCAAAUGGGCACAAGAAAACGACAUCGGUCUCUUGAUAUUUGAUAACGAAGAAGAACUGCACAAGAUCAAACAAGGUCAUCCAAACGCUGCCUGUAUUUUGCGAAUCGUUGCUGGUGGCCAAAAUCGUGCAAACCUCUCAGCGAACGAAAAAUAUGGAGCGAAUGCAGUUUCGGCCCGUCUGUUGAUCAGCAUAUCCAAGAACCUUGGCUUAAAUUUAAAAGGAAUCUGCGUACACCUUGAAGGAACGGAAUCAAGCACACGUAAUGUGUUCGGGAAUGUUGUGCAAGAAGUGCGGCAGCUGUUUGAUUACGCACAGGAAACGUUCCAGAUCAGCAUGGAUUUAAUCACCAUUGAGGGUAACUUCUUAGACCAGGAUGAUUCCCUUGCGUCCGUUGAGUCCCUCGUUGAAGCGUACUUUCCAGCUGAUGCACAACCGCAAGUAAAAAUUAUUGCCGAGUGCGCUGGCUGCUACGUACGGUCAGCAAUCACGCUCUGUUCAACAGUGAUAGCCAAGCGAAAGGUCACCAACCAUGGUCUUAAUAUAUCGAUAAUGUAUUACAUCAACGCGGGUCGCCUGGGCAGCUUGAAAAUACAUCGACCUCAAGCACAAAUUGCUCGUUUUGCCAACAACAAGGAAGACGCUUCUGACCACAUUAAAUCGUCUAUUUGGGGUCCAACGUGUGCGGCUUUAGAUGUGGUUACAACUGAAUGCUAUCUACCGGAAAUGCAAAUCGGGGAACGGUUGGUUUUUCCCGGCAUGGGCAUCGAUAGCCUGACCUGUGCAUCGACAUUUAAUGGAAUGCCAUUAACACAGUCUGUUUACGUGGUCCCCAAUGCCACAUUUCACUGUCAACAAAUGGCGAAAUGCCCACCUACAUCUCAGGAUAUCGAGCGAUUAGUUGAUCGAGCGUCGGAAAAUUAUUUUAUUCAUCCUAUGGAUCCUGGAAUGACGGAGAGGUCUUUAAUUGUCCAGACUGAGAUUGACAUAUCUGGUGCGACGAAAACUAUCAGCUGUACUCAGAACUAUACUGACGUCCCCUUCUUUGUUGUUAACCUCGACGACGUAUCCCGAAAAUAUUUUCACUGGAUUCAAACAUUUCCGCGCAUCAUGCCGUUCUACGCUGUCAAAUGCAACCCCGAUUUGGUCCUAUUACGCUUGUUAGCAGACCUUGGUACUGGCUUUGACUGCGCUAGUCCCCAUGAAAUUCAGACAGUGCUGAAUAUGGGAGUGCAUCCUGAGCGUAUCAUUUACGCUAAUCCUUGCAAACAGCAAUCAUAUAUCGCGUACGCUAGGCAAAGAAGCGUUGGGCUGAUGACCUUUGACAAUGAAGCAGAACUGUACAAAAUAAAAGAAAAUUUCCGAAGGCUAAAUGCGUUUUACGAAUUGUUACUGACGAUACGGGAGCUCAUUUUCAGCUUAGCGAGAAAUUUGGAGCCAGCCUGGAGGAUUCUCAAGAGCUAAUUCUCCUUGCGCGGCACCUGCAGUUAAACCUGUGUGGGAUCAGUUUCCAUGCCGGUUCGGGUCAGAUGUCGGCAACAACGUUUGAAAAAGCUAUAUCUAACACUCGCACAUUGUUUGACUAUGCUAAAAAUCU